AUGUGUAGUAAUAUAUUUUCAGAAGCGGUACCGUGUUUAAAAGCGGUUACUCCUUUAUUUUCUCCAAAAAGUAUUUGUACUCAUUUGAAAUGGCUGCGAGCUAAUGGAGGAGCUAUCCACCUCCAGGCCCAGAGACACUUUAGUGUCAGCCACUGUUUGACAGCAAAGGUCCCCCCACCACAAAUACCAAGGGAGAGAGUUGAAAUCCCUGGACUACAGAUGGUCACAUAUGGAGAAAGGAUGCAUUUCGUUCCGGGGCUCACUAAGCCAGUUUACCCACCGUGGAGGAGGAAUUACAAGGACCCUAGAUACUACUACGCUCCCCCUGCUAGCAAGAUACCUCUGUUCAAAGAAGAACCGUGCUAUGUGUACAACCAGCGGACCAGUGCACUGGAAGGUGUGCGCCAGGCAGCAUGGUUGACCAAGACCAAGAUGAUGUCAGGUUUUCCUCCUCACCUUCUCUCGUUGGCAGAGAAUCCUGAAAAUCAUUUGCCAGAUCAGGAUGAGCGUGUGCAGAACAUUAUCAAACAUGCUCGGUUCUGGGAUACGACAGAGGAUCGACCAGGUAAAGUGAAAUACAGCAACACAUUGCUCUUCAACAUGCUCCAUUUAUGCGCUACACUAAAGUCUAUUCAUCCAGCCAUUGGAAGAAGGAUCAUUGCAGAGAACUAUUUGUUGGCUGCCACUUGGAAAAGAGAUGAACACCUGUUCCAGGUCAGGGGUCGGAACGGCUUACUGCUAAGCAGCAUGGAUCCUCUCCCAGAGGUCUUCGGAAAAAAGGAAAUUGAAGACACUUCAGAUCACGUCCUGGAAACUUUCUAUCCCAUUUCCCCUACCAUUGAUCUUCAAAAAGUAAAUGUGUACAAAGAAGCAAUGAACUCCACAGGUUUCAGGGAUGAUUACCCUUACCCUCAUGCCCAUACACUAUACUUUCUGGAGUCAGCUGAUCCUUGCUGUAAGCUCCGCCCAGAGCAGUUCAGAGCUAGGAUGGUCAUGUUUACCUUUGCGAAUGCUUUGGCCCGUGCACACAAACUGUAUGGGACUGAUCCCCAGAGGAUGUUAGACCACCCUAUUACUAUUCAGGCUGUGGGGACCAAUGGCAGGAUCUUCCAGUUUCUGUUUUUCCAGCUCAAUACUACAGAUUUUUCAGGAGAUGAUGGUAUCAAGAACCAGAUGUGGCUGGAUGAAGAUGUGGAGCUGUAUGACUUUGCAAAAGUCCAACCACUUAUCAAGAGGAAGCAAGUGAAGGUACCCGCUGGUCUCGCAGGAUACAAACCAGGAGCAUUCCGCAAGUUUCUGGCCCUGUACCUGCACGGAGCUGUGUAG